UAGUGUUACACGCGAGGUGACUUUCACUUUGAUGUCUGCAACCAGCCGCAGAUAAACAUUACAGCAUGUCAUGACUGUGUGUCUGACUUUCACCAGUAGGAGAUUGUCUCGCCUUGCUUGGCAGUCAUUGUCCUCCAUCAGAGCAGACUGGAUCAGAGUGGUGAGAGCAAGCAUGGCUACAGAAACAGCAGCCCCAUCAGUAACAUCAACAAAAUCUAAAAUAGGGGUUGUUCAACUUACCUGUACUGCUGACAAGAAAAAAAACUUUGAAACUUGUAGACAAUUUAUACACCAGGCCAAGGAUAAUGGUGUACAGAUGGUGUUUUUACCUGAAGCUGCAGACUUUAUCGGGGAGUCGAAACAGAGGAGCAUGGAAAUGGCAGAGAGCAUUGAAGGAGAGACAAUCAGUAAUUACCGAAAACUUGCCCAACAAACAAGCAUCUGGAUUUCUAUUGGUGGAUUUCAUGAACAAGGCCACGAGAACGAUAGUAACCGUGUCCUAAACACACACGUUGUCAUUGACGACCAAGGGGAAAUUAAAGCAACCUAUAGUAAAGUUCAUUUGUUUGACCUUGAUCUUGGUGACCUCCGGUUGUGUGAGAGUGACUACACCAUUCCUGGAGACAGAAUUACCUGCCCUGUUUCCUCCCCUGUUGGAAAUGUUGGACUAGGAAUUUGUUACGAUCUGAGGUUUCCAGAGAUGUCGAUAGCACUCGCACAACAGGGAGCUGAAAUCCUGACCUACCCAUCAGCCUUCACAGUGACUACAGGACGAGCUCACUGGGAGGUGUUGCUACGCAGUCGGGCAGUGGAAAAUCAGUGUUAUGUUGUUGCUGCAGCACAAACAGGAAAACAUAAUGACAAGCGUGCCUCAUAUGGUCACACUAUGGUCAUUGAUCCAUGGGGAACUAUUGUGGCACAAUGUGAGGAAGACCCAGGGCUUUGUGUGGCUGAUGUCGACCUGUCUUUUCUACGUAAAGUUCGCAGAGACAUGCCGGUCUGGAAUCACCGCCGUCAUGACCUUUAUGGCCACAUACACUUAAACAAUCUCGAAUCUGUUAACAGUACAGUGUACGAUUUCGGAGGACAUGUCAUCCCUAGUUCCUGUGUGUUCCAUCGCUCUGCUAAGAGUUUUUGUUUUGUCAACGUCAAACCGGUAGUUCAGGCACAUGUACUAGUGUCAACAAUAAAAUGCGUAGAGAGAUUUGGGGAUCUGUCACAGACGGAGUUAUCGGACUUGUUUUCAACUGUGCAAAAGGUGGCGCGUGUUGUCGAGCAGCAUUAUGGAGCGUCCUCUCUGACGGUCAGCAUGCAGGACGGACCUGAAGCCGGACAAACGGUUAAACAUGUCCAUGUGCACAUAUUGCCAAGACGAGCAGGGGAUUUUGAGCAAAACGAUGAAAUAUAUUCAAAGCUUCAGAAUCACGACAACGACCUGUCGACGGGAAGACGCAGUGAGAAAGACAUGGCAGAGGAAGCCACAAAACUACGGACAUAUUUUACUUAAAUUGACCCAAUAACGCACCCACAGUUUUGCCAUAAAUGUCAUAUAAAAAGUCAACUUUUGUCAGGUGUCAGCUCGCUAUGUCCGUUACGUACUUCUCAAUAAUAGUAUAUUUCUAUUCUACUACAUGUUUCCAUUUUAGUUCUAUCUAAAACAGAAGGACGAACAUCAGACUUUAUACGUCCGUCUGGAUGUCUUUCUUGGUAAACAAAUCUGGCCGUCGGUCACUUUCACUUCACUAUAAUAUACUGUGUACUGUCAUAUCCCAAGUUGUUUGACUUAGAUUCACAAAAAUGUAUCUUUACAAAGCUAUCAAGUUAUAACAGAACAAUUUGUUUUGUCAAACAUGUGAUUUUGCUACAAAACAUGCUAUUUCGCCAUAACAUACUUGAUUACCAAGUUUGUCAACUUUAUCUGCUAGGCGUCGGUCUCAAAGUAAUUUUUUUGUUAAAGUUUGAUAUAAAUAAUUAGGUUAAGCGUGUGGCUUUAUCAGAUCACACAGUUGUUACUUACAAUGACACGAGGAACUGUAUUAUUACGGCUGUCCUCGGAUUUGAAUUUGUUGACGUCAGUUUUGGAGAUCAGAAAUACAAACAACAAACUGCCUCCAGAUGAGGUAUACUUCGUAUCAACAGUAUACGCCAUCUGGUUACCAUUUAUUGUUUUAAUAUUGCUAAGAUGAACCAUGAUGGUCGUUGUAUUCAGCGGGACUUUAAAUUGAUAUAGAAGCCUUACGUUAUAAUGACCACUCUGUUUUUAAAAAAUCAACAUAUCAAAACAAUCAUAAUCCAAACCCUAAUCUAAUAAAACUAGGGCAAAAACAGUAAGAAAACAUCAACAUAAUCAUUAUCCAAGUUUACACUAGAUGAAUCUGGGGCAAAAUAUGAAAAAAAUACACGUGGACACAUGGAAAAGGAUUAAAUUAGACCAGGUGUUCCGAAAGAGUAAGCGCCUUCUGCUUCAUCGACAAUACUCGCCAUGUAAACCUUGUUCAAUCGAAAUAUGUAGUGUCACGGUUGUAUUAAAUCUCGUAAUGUCGACAAUA